CAGAAAGGUUGUCCGAGCAGGCAACGACAAUACUUGCGAAGAGACACCUGUCAGCUUGCUGCAUACUUCAAGUCUGUGAGGGCUGCUCCUUGGCCGGACCCAAUCGCAUACAAAUCUUACAAUGAACGCUCUCUUCAACGCUGCCUUGCGGCAGUCUACGCAAAUCCGCAAAGAUCUCGAUCAGUUUGCUGACAGCGCCGCGCCCUCACCGCAACUGCAAGCUCAGCUCAAUGCAUCCUUGGCAACCUUCUCCCGUACAACCGACGAUUAUGGCAAGCUUGCGAAGCAGGAACCUGUGCAGACAAAACAAGAGAAAGCUUUCGAGCGGCUAAAGAACUUUCGCAACGAGCUAGAUGAAUAUCGAGAGAGUUUCAAACGGAUCAAAAACGCAAAUGAAGAUAUUAGAACGACAGAAGCACGCACAGAACUUCUUGGGCGCCGUCCGCACCAUGCUGCCACACCCGAGAAUCCCUACGCCCAAGCGAACAUCAACGCAAGUGCACAUUCACCCUUUGCACCCUCACAGCCGCAGAACCCCAACGCGCCAUACCAGCCGAACCCAUACUCUGCUGGCGCGCCACAGGGCGGUGCUUACGACAGGGAAGGCCAUGUGCUGCGCGAGAACGCCUUCUUCAGCCAGACCUCGAACCAACUCGACGACUUUCUCGAUCGAGGCCGCGCCGUGCUGGGAGAUCUGGGUCAGCAAAGGGAGAUGUUGAAGGGCACACAGAGAAAGCUAUACAGUGUGGCAAACACACUAGGCAUCAGCGGCGAUACUAUCAGGAUGGUAGAGAGGAGGGCGAUGCAAGACAAAUGGAUCUUCUACGGUGGUGUAAUCAUCUUCUUUCUGUUCUGCUGGUUGGUGAUCCACUACCUGCGAUGAGACAAUUGAAACGGAUCGGGCAAUAUUACUUCAGAUGCUUUAUUUGCUUCUGGGGAGCGUGUAUUUGCGCGUUUUUGUAGGGUUAGCAAGGCGUAUGGCGUAUAACUGCGAUAGCAUGGACUCAUCAGAUCACCUUGCUCGGCUCCGCGUUAGAUUUUUAUGGCAAUGUGACUAUAGUUGCAGUAAAUGUAGUCUCCCGGGUUUCUGCUUUGGGGAGCGAAGUCGAAAAUUGGCUUCGGUAGCAAGCUGGUGUUCGCUGUAGUGUUGACUGGCAAGAACAUGUGCCUGACUCAAAUCUACUAUCUUUUGCGACAACAAUUACUUGUGCUGAUGCUGGACAGGCUGGUGUACAAUAUUCGCGCUUGAAACUAGGCCAACUCGUUUGAGUACUCUAGCCAUGUGCCCCUUACAACGUUUUUGAGUAGGGUUCCCCCAUAGACCUAAU